AUGGAUACGAUUUCUCAACAAUCACGUACUUGUGACCCGACUAAGUGUUGUGGGAAUUGUCGUCAUUUCCUGAAGCCGGGCGGAUGUGUUGACGUCACCAACGUUGCGACACGUACGGCUCGUUGUCACCAAAUAAGCGAACUUUAUUCGGUUUUAACAAUAUACAGUGAGUACAGCAACAUGCCCUGCCACAACCAGUCGUUAAAUAACGUUACGACCGGCCAAGAACAUAACUUAACGAAGCAUGUUCGGUUCGCCGCGAGCAGUAACAGCAGCAGCGUUCCGGUGGCGCCAAGCUCUGAAGCGGUGGUUGACGUCAAUAAACAGCGUUUGAACGGGAACUGUCCGAAUGGUGGUGGGCUCGGCCCAGAUGUGUUAAACCUGGGACCUCAACUGAAACUGCUUCCUCUUAACAGUCAGAUACUAGAAUUACAGACCAUCAUCAGAGACAAGACAACCAGCAGAGGGGAUUUUGUGUUCUGCGCAGACCGACUGAUCAGACUGGUGGUGGAAGAAGGACUGAACCAGCUGCCCUACUCUGAGUGCACUGUGACCACUCCUACAGGACACAUGUAUGAAGGUGUAAAGUUUGAGAGAGGUAACUGUGGAGUCAGCAUCAUGAGAAGUGGUGAGGCCAUGGAACAGGGUCUGAGGGACUGUUGCAGGUCCAUUCGCAUCGGGAAGAUCCUGAUCCAGAGUGAUGAAGAGACCCAGGAGGCUAAGGUCUACUAUGCUAAGUUCCCCCCAGACAUAAACAGGAGGAAGGUGCUGCUCAUGUACCCAAUACUGAGUACAGGUAACACAGUGAUCGAGGCAGUGCAAGUGUUGAUUGAGCAUGGACUCCAACCCAAACACAUCAUCCUCCUCUCUCUCUUCUCCACCCCACACGGUAACACAUUAUCCUCCUCUCUCUCUUCUCCACCCCACACGGAGCCAAGGCCAUCCUCCAAGAGUUCCCAGAGAUCACCCUGCUCACCACAGAGCUGCACCCGGUCGCCCCCACACACUUUGGACAGAAAUACUUUGGCACAGAAUGACAAACGCGCACACCAGUCCACACCACGCUAGACCACACCAGACUAGACCACACCAGACCACGCUAGACCAGACCACACCACGCUAGACCAGACCACACUAGACCAGACCACACUAGACCAGACCACACUAGACCAGACCACACUAGACCAGACCACACUAGACCAGACCACACUAGACCAGACCACACUAGACCACACCACGCUAGACCAGACCAGACCAGACCACACCACGCUAGACCACACCACGCUAGACCACACCACGCUAGACCACACCACGCUAGACCACACCACACUAGACCAGACCACACCAGACCAGACCACACCACGCUAGACCACACCACACUAGACCACACCACACUAGACCACACCACGCUAGACUAGACCAGACCACACUAGA